AUGGAUGAAGAGAAGGACUGUGGAUAUUUUCGUUGGAUUGAUCCACCACUAUUGAAUAAGUGGUAUAAAGAAAGAAUGUGUGUAGCUAUUCCUUUCAGUAACCCUGUUAAUGAAGGUGGAAUACCUAUUGAUGGCCCUAUUGCCCCUGUGAAUGUUGAUAUCCCUAUUGGCCCUGUGAAUGCUCUUGAACCUGAUAAUCAAAUUGCAAUGCGUGAGAAUAAACAUGUGCCUGGUAAUGAAUUUGGAUUCUGCAAGUGGAUGAUGGUUUGUUUCGUUUGUUUCAUUGUAGGGAUGAUGUAUGGUUAG